UGCAACUCUUGGGCAGCCGGAGUUUCCCAGGAAAGUUUAGCGCUCCGCGUCCCCAAGACGUCGCCGCGAUUUCCCCCCUAAAGAUUAUCCCGAAGAGGAGCGAAGGGGGUGCCGUCCUAUCCGUAAUCUACGCACUUGGUUUGACGAGACGCCUGCGCACGUCUGGCUUAAGUUAACCGGCCCGAACUGAUGUGAGGAGUGGUGGUUGCGGUGGUUGGCGGUGGUGUCGGGCGGAAGGCCACGAAUGACCGAGGGAUUGUUUAUUUAUCUUUGGGAUUUCGCCUAACGAGUUGUUACCCGUACCUCACCCCUUUUUUCUUCAUCGCACCCCCCCCCCACCCAAGUAUGAGCGGACACCCGCCUCAGCGGCGGCAAGCGAACGUCGGUUCGUUACUACUGACACCGCAGGAGAAUGAAUGCCUCUUCGCCUACCUCGGCAAGAAAUGCAUCACGCUGUCUUCAGCGGUGGUCCAGGUGUUCACGGCGGAGAGGAACUCAGGAUGGAACAAGAAGUGCUGUGGGGUGGCCUGUCUGGUAAAGGACAACCCACAACGAUCUUACUUCAUCAGGGUCUUUGACAUCAAGGAGGGUAAGACGACAUUUGAACAGGAGCUGUACAAUAACUUCUCCAUCAACCUCUCCAGAGCCUACUUCAUUACAUUCGCCGGAGAUACAUAUCAGGUGGGUCUGAACUUUGCCAGCGAGGAGGAAGCCAAGCGUUUCCGUGCCCAAGUGACAGACCUGCUGGGGAGAAGACAAAGGAAAACGGAAAAGAGACGCGAGCCUCCAAAUGGCCCCUCAUUGCCCAUGGCCACAGUUGACAUUAAGAACCCGGAGAUCAACAACGUGCAGCGCUACCACAACAACUCUCAGGUCAACAACAUUGUGCAUUCCUCCUUCCCCAAGAAGGAGAAGAAGGUGAAGGGGAAGAAGAAAAGAUUGACCAAGGCAGACAUCGGUACACCAAGCAACUUCCAGCACAUUGGACAUGUAGGAUGGGAUCCAAACACAGGCUUUGAUCUGAAUAACCUGGAUCCUGAGCUGAAGAACCUGUUUGAUAUGUGUGGCAUCUCAGAGGCUCAGCUUAAGGACAAGGAGACGUCUAAGGUCAUCUACGAAUUCAUCGAGAGAAAGGGAGGCGUGGAGGCCAUCAAAAACGAGCUACGAAGACAAGCCCCUCCACCCCCUCCUUCCAGAGGAGGCCCUCCUCCCCCACCCCCGCACCAUGUCUCUGCUCCCCCUCCUCCUCCUCCUGCACGGGGCAGGGGAGCACCACCACCCCCUCCACCCUCCAGAGCACCAACCUCCGCACCCCCACCUCCACCUCCUUCCCGGCCAGGCAUGUCUGCUCCCCCGCCGCCCCCGCCCAGCCGGGGAUCUCUCCCUCCUCCCCCUCCCCCAGCCCAUGCCUCCCUGCCCGUGGCACCUCCCCCUCCCCCUCCUCCUCCCUCCUCAGCCCCAUCCGGUGGCGGGGCACCACCGCCUCCACCUCCCCCGCCCCCACCUCCAGGUCCUCCUCCUCCGGCGCCUCCCCCACUCCCGGAGGCCAACGGAGGGGACAGUGGAUCGCCUCCAGGCAGCGGGGGUAAGUCGGCGCUGCUGAGCCAGAUCCGAGAGGGCACUCAGCUGAAGAAGGUGGAGCAGAAGGAGAGGCCUGUGUCCUCCACCGGCAGGGACGCCCUCCUGGACCAAAUCCGACAAGGCAUCCAACUCAAAACAAGGGAUGAUACUCAAGAGUCAGCUCCCUCGACCCCAGCCCCCUCGGCAGGCAUCGUAGGGGCACUAAUGGAGGUGAUGCAGAAAAGGAGCAAGGCCAUUCACUCCUCAGAUGAGGAUGAUGAUGAUGAAGAAGAUGAAGACUUUGAGGAUGAUGAUGAAUGGGACGACUAGCUGUCUUCCUCCCCCCGAUCCCCCCCACCGGAUGAUUAUGACACUAAAUUGCUACGUUCUAAACAAAAAAAUCUCUAAAUUCAAAUUAUAAAUGUAAAUGUUUAUCGACUUGCUGUAUAUUUUUGUUGCCUUUCUGCUUUUUUUUUAUUAAUCUGUGCAAUACCUCAUUUAAUCUGUAAAUGUUUGUCAUUCUCACAUCUUACUGUAAAGGUUUUUGUCCCCCUCUCCCUCCCUCCCUCCCUCUCCUGUUACCAUCUUGAGUUUGGCUUUGUCUUCUUCCCAUAUCCUCAUGUCAUUCAUAGCCAUCUUUCAAUCUUUCUUCUCUCUCUCUCUCUGUCGUCUCUCAUGUCCCAUCAUUCACCUUCGUCUAACGUUCCUCUUCUCUUCUCUGCUGUUUCUGACGUGUUCCUUCCUCCCCAGAUUAACGUGCAAUUUUACAUCAAGUUGUCUCUUGAACUGUAGAGUUGAAUUUUGUGUUUUGUCUUUUUUUUUGGUCAGUGAUCAAAGGGAGAGUUCAGAAAAGCAACUGACAGAAAUCCUUCAUCUUGUCGCCAUUGUUAGUUUAAAGGAGGUAAAAACCGACGACUAUUUUCAUACCCUAUCACUGUCUAGUUUAUUUUUACUUAUUCAAAUGAUCCUAGUUUAGCGACUCUUAUUUUCUUAAGACAAAGACAGAAAAAAAAGAAAAGCUCUUUUUUGUAAUAUUUUGCUUCAUUUGCUGUCCAACUGUAAAUUUUCUCCAGAGAGGUUGAGUCUUGUUAUAUUUUUGCACAAAAUGAAAGAAGAGACUCGCUGCAUGAAUACAGAAAAACUUCAGGUCUGUAUCUGUAUGGAACAUACAAAUGCUUUAAGAUUAGGCAAAAUAUGCUUGGAUGUCUUUUUUUUUUCCAACCAUAAAGUACACCACUACACACACACACACAUACACACACACACUCACACUCAUACAGAUAGGCCUUGACAUUGUGGCUUAUUCUCUGUCGCGGAUUUUACUUUCUUCGUUGUAUCAUUGUGUUACACUACAUAUUCAGAGGAAACCAUGCAUUUGUUUUUCGUUUAGUCGUUUUCUUUUGGUCUUAUUUUUAUAGCGGUAGCAAACAGAGGAUCGUUGAAUACCUGUUUGUUUGAAUCAGGUCUCUCAUUGUGUAAAGCUUGACAAAUGGAUAUCUUAAUUUUACAGAUCUCACAUUUACAGUGGCUCCAGAUGCAAAUGGAUGCUGUACAGAAACAUUGCCGUUGAAAUGUCCAUUGACUGUUAUAGACACUAACCACUAACACGGGGGUAUGGGGAGAAACACAUUUGACUCAUUUGUUUGAAAUUAUUAUUUUGACUGUUUUAGGAGUUAAUGACACAAGCCAACAGGUGGUUUAUAAUUUUGCAAAUGACUCAUAAGAGUGUGCUUUCGCCUCCAUAGUUUACUAGAUUGGAUUUGCCAUGGUCCAGUAUUUGAAUGUAUCCUGACAUUAUAUGAUUGGCAUCUGACCUGAUGUUAACUAAAUUGCACAGGUGAGUUAAAUCCCGCCCUCUUAAGUUCUCUAACCAGGAGGAAACUAACUCAGAGGUAUUUGCAUUUACUAUGUGUUGGCUGAUCUCUGAUAUAAUAGUCAAAUGGGCACUCCCUGUACCUAAGUGUUACCUGCUAACUAGACUCCAUACAAAGAAGUGAAAAUUACACUUAUCCCUGUGAAGACAUCUGUGCUGCUCUUUUCAUUCAUAGGUAAAGUUUGACCAUUGCCGUGUUCAGUAACACCCAUAACAAGUCCACAAUAGGCAUCAUGCUCAGCGCUUACUGCUUUCUACAGUUCGUGCUUGCCGCACCACUUCUGGUUAAGACGCUCUCGGUAUUUAGCUGAAACCUUUUCAUGACCUCACCAUUGGGACUUUAUGAUGCAUAUCAAGUUUUAGCAAAUUAAAAUUUAAAUGGAAAACCUGUUAAUCGUGGUCAUCCUUUCCACUCUUAGGAGUCUGUGGCAUUUCCCCAUAGCGAUGUCAAAGUGGGCAUUGUUCUUUAUAUGCAUUCAAUUGUUCUUGGACAUACAAAAGAGGCAGCAGCAUGGCUGCCGCAGUGAAAUCUGGCAAUUCCCAGCAUCAGUGGCUGUGGCUUCUCUGUAGCAGAAUUGUAAUUUUUUUUUUACCUCUACUUUCAAGGUAUAUAGACUUCUUAGAUCUGACUUAGGGUAGGGUUCAAGGUCUAUAGAUUAUAUGAAUUUACCAACUACUGGACUGACACAGGGCCAGCCAGCAUUUCUUCCUGGGCAGACACAAGUCUUGUCUCGGUGCCGGUACCUGUGGAUAUUCAGCUGCCAUGUUGUUGUCAAAAACACUCACUUGUGCAGAAGUCAUUGUCUAGACCUAAUAAUCCAUAGACCUUGGUGAGGUUUCCCAAAAGCAUCUUGGCAUUGCAAGGAUGUAGUGGCAGUAAAAGUUUUCUUCAUUUGGCACUCGCCAUAAUGCAAGGAGGAAACUUUUACGUUUUGCUCUUCAUCUAACUGGAAAACGGCCUGUUAGCAGUUUGAAAAUAACACUAAACGUUUAUGACAAGGUAACCGGCCGUCUGGUUUUGAAGCCUAAGCAAGUCUUAUUGCUCUAAAUGAGUGAUGCAGAUAUUCAUUUAAGAUUAGAGGGAGAAAGACAUCUGCUAGAGAAACUAUGCAUGUUGUAUGUAAAUGCCAUGUGAAAGUUAAAAAAAACAAAAAUGAGAUUUACAGUUGAUGUAUUCACUUGAUUCUGGUUUGACUGUUAAGACAGUAAGUACAUUGAUAAAUAGAAAGAAUGUUUGUUUCUGGUUUUUGGAAGGAAGUUAUUGGAGCUGACUUGACUCAAAUUUAAAAGUACUUUUGGGAAACCUACCCCGGCUUUUUCUUUUCUUUUUUUUUCUUUCUUCCAGACAUUUACUUUCUGUAGGACACAUUUUGUUAAUAAGGUAGUACGGAUAUCAAGCCUUCCCAAGAAGGCUGGAAAAAAAAGAUGAGCUCUCAUUGUACAACCAAAUAAAAAGGUUGAUAUUUACAUAC